AUGAGUUAUAAGUCAAGAGGUUCUCAUAAAAAAUUUACGCCUAAAGGAAGGUCUAGAUAUGUAGCUUCGGAUGAUGAAAUAAUUGCUAGAAAUCAAGAGAUAUUGAACCUGGAACAAUCCGAAGGCUCAGACUCCAAUGAAUCAUCUGAUGAUUCUGAAAAUGAGGUCCCCGAGACUAAUACUCGAGUAUCAAAUGAAUUUGAACCACUUAUUGAAGUCAAUAACCCGAACAAAACUAAAAACUCAGUUGAAAAAACUGUAGAAUUGAGUAGAAGAGAAAAAGAAGAGCUAAGACGGCAGAAAUUUGAAAGAGAUAAAAUGAAGUUAAUGGCUGAGGGAAAGUUGGCCACAGCAAAGGCUGAUUUGGCAAGGUAA